AUGGCCCCUCCUGUUGCGUUCGACACUAUCCAGGUCAAAGACAAGGCACGACGUGACUUGCUGCAUCUUCUCGAGGGCGUCCGCGGCAAGAAAAACCUGGUUCUUGAACAGACCCUUGCUGGACCUAUCGGCACAAUCGUCAAGGUCUCCACGCUGCAGGAUUACGGAGUCGACAAGUUUUUCUUUCUCGAGAACGGUAAUACCGAUACUAGCCAGCAUAAUGUCGUCUUCUUGGCUCGCGGCGAAUGCGGCCGUCAUGCUCAGGCGAUAGCAGGUGACUAUCCCUCUCUUUGCGCCUACUACUCUAUGCAUGUUAGCGGUGAAAGUGAUCAGAGGGGGCUGACGGUGUUGCUUCUAGACCAGAUCCGCCGACUACAACGUGAGAGCCAGACGGGACACGACUUUCACAUUAUCUGGGUGCCACGUCGCACACUCAUAUCGGACAACAUCCUGGAAGAAGCUGGAGUGCUCGGCGACGCAAACAUAUCCGAGCUACCUCUCUACUUUUUCCCCCUCGAACACGACGUGCUGUCUCUGGAGCUGGACGAUGCAUUCCAGGACCUCUAUCUCCACAAAGACCCGACACCGGCAUUCCUCCUAGCCAGAGCGCUUAUGGGUAUCCAGCAACGCCAUGGUCUUUUUCCACGCAUCAUUGGCAAGGGCGAUAAUGCGAAGCGUGUCGCAGAACUCCUCGAGCGUAUGCGCCAGGAGCUGCUUGCGGGCGAGGAUGCGAGCGAAGCCUCCAAGCUCGGCCUCACACCUAGCUCCACAUCCGAGAGCGUCAUCAUCAUCGAUCGGGAAGUCGAUCUUGUAACCCCACUGCUCACCCAGCUAACCUACGAGGGGCUUAUUGAUGAACUGUUUGGAAUCCAAAACAGUCAAACCGACGUCGAUCCCACCAUUGUCGGAGCCGCCGCCCCAAACACUGCCGCUUCCUCAGCUACCGGCGGUACAAGUGGGGCUACAUCGUCGGCGGCUGGCCGGAUACGCAAGGUUCCGCUGGAUUCUUCAGACAAGCUCUGCGAGGAGCUACGGGACGCCAAUUUUGCCAUUGUCGGCAACCUGCUCAAUAAGACUGCCCGCCGCCUGCAAAGUGAUUACGAGGGUAGGCACAACACGCGGACAACGGCGGAGCUGCGCGAUUUUGUUCAGAAACUACCGGGCUUUCAAGCCGAGCAGGCCAGUCUCAAAGUGCAUACAGGGCUGGUUGAGGAACUCUACAAAUACACACGAAGCGACGAGUUCAGCAGCUUACUCGAAGUACAACAAAACCUGGCUGCAGGUGCCGAUCCCUCCGCUCAAUUUGACGCCAUUGAAGAGCUCAUUGCCCGGGAUACAUCGCUGCCACAUGUUCUUCGUCUCUUGUGCAUAUACUCAAGUAUUUCUGGUGGUAUAAAGCCGAAGGAGUUUGACCAAUUUCGCCGGCUCAUCCUCGAAGGCUACGGCUACCAACACCUUCUUACGCUGCAGAACCUGGAGCGGCUACAGAUGUUCCUCCCUCGCUCAUCGCCGAUGGCGGGCAUGAUUCCGAUGACCGUAGGCACAAAUGUUGCUGGUACGAAGACCAAUUACACUUUCGUCCGAAAGCAACUACGACUGAUUGUCGACGAGGUCAACGAGCAAGAUCCGAAUGACAUAGCAUAUGUUUACAGUGGCUAUGCGCCCCUUUCUGUGAGAUUGGUGCAGUGUCUUCUGCAGAAGCAGUACCUUUUGAACUUCACAAAGGGCAAUGGAUCUACGAGCGGGUCGCAUGGCUGGCGGGGCUUUGAUGAGGUGGUGAAGCAUGUACGCGGACAGACCUUUGACGAUCUUCAGAAAGGGGAUGACAAGGUUUUCAAGGCAAGAGCGCUUCUGUCGGGCAGUGGAGCUAAAAAGACCGUUUUCGUUGUCUUUGUUGGUGGUAUUACGUUUACAGAAAUCGCAGCUUUGCGAUUUAUUGCGAAGCAGGAAGCCGACCGACGAAAUAUUGUGAUCUGUACAACCUCCAUUAUCAGCGGUAAUAAGAUGAUGGCGGCGGCCACUGAGGCCGGAUCGUUCGAACGACAAGCCAACCAGGCUGCAGCUGCACAAUGA